ACAGGAGGAGUGAGAGGCGACAGAUAGGCGCUUCACCGACAACAUUUAGCCACUAUUUCACUUUCGUCGGGACCACCCAGCGACUGCUUGGGCCUUUUUAUUUACACCAUGACACCUAUUACUGUGCGCGAGCGGUACGACAAAUGCGUUUUAGCGGCCGGGGAGCGGAAGUGAGAGAAGGGGGAAGUUGUGAGGGGAUAUAGGAAAAAAUAAACCCCUAAAAAGUGUUUUUGUUUCUGGGUCAAGUUCAAGUCCAAUUUCGCCUUUCUAGAGGAAGGGUGGCCCUGGAGUGUUGGGGGCAUGGACACCCACGUUAAGGAGGGACAACUUUAUGUGCAGCAUCAAAAGUUUGGAAAGAAAUGGAAGAAGAACUGGUUCGUCCUCUACCCAGCCAGCCAAAACGGCAUCGCCCGCCUCGAGUUCUACGACUCGCCCUCGGGCGGAGGGGCCGGGACCGGCGGAGGCUCGGGAAGCGGGUCCAAUGAGAAAACCAGGAAGCUUGACAAGAAGAUCAUCCGCUUGUCUGAGUGCAUUUCCAUCCUGCCGGCGGUGACGGAGAGCUGUCCCAAAGAAAACAUGGCAGCUUUCUGUGUGGAGACCAACGACAAGACGCACAUGUUUGCAGCAGAGAAGAACGCCGCCAAGGACUGGAUGGAUACCAUGUGUGACAUCGCAUUCCAGCAGGGAGGAGGCGGGGGGAGCAGCAGCAGCGGCACCAGUACUGCUGCAGACUCUAAUGGAGGAGCCCAGGACCUGCAGAUGUCCGAAAACCUCAUCUACUACUCCAGAGAGGAGGUGAACGAGUUCUGGGUGAGCGUUCAGCGCACCGAGGCGUCAGAGCGCUGCGGGCUGGCGGGCAGCUACUGGCUGAAAGCCGAAAACGACAUCUUAAUCUUGAAGGAGCCAAAGACCAAGAGGAACGUUCUCGUGUGGCCCUACAAGCUGCUGAGGAGAUACGGGCGAGACCGGGUGAUGUUUUCGUUCGAGGCGGGCCGACGCUGCGACUCGGGCCCCGGUAACUUCACCUUUGAGACCAAGCAAGGCAACGAGAUCUUCACGCUGGUGGACCAGGCCAUCCAGUCCCAGAAGGUUCUGGCUGAGGAGCGCCACUCCAGCUACCCCGUCAACUUUGACUCCGACUGCCCUGCGUCACUGCAGCACCUACGCAGCGCCAAUCCCAGUGGCACGACGGCAGGAAGCUGCGACAGCAGCAGCAGCUCCAGCAGCCGGGAGGCAGACGGAGAUUCAGGCGGCAGCAAACCGGGCUCUGCUGAUGGCGUGCUCGGGAAGAGAGAGGGUGGAGAUGGAGGAGGAGGAGGAGGAGGAAGGGGGCAAGGAACAGCAGGAGGACUCAAGGGGAGGAGUUUACCAGAUCCACCAGCCAUGUUGGGGGUUUUGGGAGGUGGCGGGGCCCCUCCAAAGUCUCCCAGAGGGUCGGUGGCAGCUAAAGGUCUCUCCUUAGCUGAUGAACAUGCAGGUCUUUAUUCCGAGCCAGCAGACUCAGUGCGCCUGCCUCUGCACAGCGCUGACUGCCUCUACUCCGACCCAGUGGACAGCAUCAAAGCCCAAAGCCAAACCAGCAACCCGAACGCUCCAGUGCCCACCCCACGCCUCCGACCAGUAGGAGACGACGCUUCGGGAGGUGGCGUCCAAGGGGAUCAUCACCUUGGUGGCUGCAACCAGAGGAAGCCACCGGACCUGUAUUCGCACGUGUACGACCGGAUCAGCCUGGAGCUGAGCCAGAAAACCAGCGCGCUGAGUCUGAACGGGGCUGCAGGGGGAGGACGAGGGGUGAACAGUAACAGGCGACCCCCGGGAGGCAAAGCAGAAGGAGCUUCAUCCCCUCCCGUUCCUCAUCUGGAACACAUAUACGAUGAACCCGAGGGCUGCGCCAAAGGCGGCGCCAGCAUGUCCACUAGUUCAGGGACGGGUAUUUAUGACGAGGCCCGUUUGGAGCCCCACAGCCAGAGGAGACAGGGAGAGGUGGUGGCCCCGUCAGGACCGGAGUCCCAAAGACACUCGCCUCCGCAGCUGGGCCCGAGCCGCGGAACGCCACAACCUCCGGCUCCGAGGUGGCCCAAACCUAUCACCGCCCCCAAGCCGGGCAGGGCUGCUUUUGCUCGGAAGGAGCCGGUGCCACUGCCCCCUGGGAAACAUGGAGGUCCUGGUAGUAACGUGAACAACAACAACAACAACAUUUGGGGAGGCGGGGGGAGGGAGCUGUACAGCAAAGUGUCUAAGCAGAAACCUCCGUCCGCUAAUUCGUGCUACAACCAGAACCACCAGGCGCCCCUGAGAUCACCUGACAUCAUCUAUGACAACUUGGGAGAUGUUUGACAUCCUUCUUUUGCUCCAGGGACUGAACAUGAAAUGUUGAUCUACUUUUGUGAAGAGAGGAGAAGUGUUAAUGCAGAAAACCUGGUUGAUGCCUUUAUUCCUGCAGUUUCUCCCAUCUGUGGACUGGCAUCAUUAUUUGAGACAGUCGAUUCAUUUGGAGUGGAUUAGCUCAGAACUAUGAGAAAACCACAUUAUGGCUGCAUUUUGAAACAUUGAGUUCCACUAUUGUAGGGCCACCCUCUGUGUGUGUGUGUGUGUGUGUGUGUGUGUGUGUGUGUGUGUGUGUGUGUGUGUGUGUGUGUGUUUGAGAAAAAGAGAGUGAGUGUUUGCAUGGUCAAACCCAUAACUGAAGUACUAGGCCACAGUGUGGUUGGAAGCACCCACUUCACUUGAACACACACAGAAAUCUUUUGCCAAAAGGAGCGUGGCCUUACAGGCUUCACUUUAACAAGCUGAGAGAGCGGCUUGGCUCUUCUUUUAUAAAAUGUCUGCAGUGCUUAUGAAGUCACUGGGAAACAUGUUUUUGCACUGCUUAGGUUUGGAGUAUCUUUGAGGCUAGCACUUUCUCAAAAGGAGCUGAUCUUUCUCUGUGUGCCUGGACUGAUUAUAACAGUUUUUUUCAGCCCAGGACACUAAUAUGUGACGUAGUUGCAUCUUAGGAUCUACCCAAUGGAAAAACAUUGUUGCUACUGUUUUGGAGGAUGCAUUACAAGUGGGACUUUAAGACUGGGUCUUGGAAACAGACAUUGGGUCAUAAAGAGGUCAUGGUCCUCAUGUAGCCUUUGAAUACAGAGGCGACUUCCUGCACAGGGUCAUAUUGUUGAAUCCCUUCCUUGUACAGACAAACUCAAUAUGAAACUAAUCAAUCCCCUGCAAUGUGUCAGUGUGCGAAUGGAUGUGUUAUAAACAGCUGUGCUGUCUGUAAAUAUAACUAUUAAUAAAAAUGGCUCCAAAAACAUCAAA